AGUUCAGGCAAUCAGUUAUUCUUCGAUAAAAAUCUAUAAUGUAAAGUGGCAGGCGAUAGAUUUCUAUUUAAUCAGAAGCAACAUAAAUAUUAGAUAUCUAGUAUUAAAAGUCACGGUGGUGGCUCGGUCAAAGUCAUGAAGAGUUUUUGUUUUGUUGUGUCAAUUAUUUUAAUAUGGUCAUUACGAUCAAUAAAAUGUAGUAUUCCAGGACCAGCAGUAAAGGCUUCUAAAGGAGAGGUAUGGCCUAAACCUCAACAACAAAAUGUGUCUGAUAAAUAUUUUGUUUUUCGACCGAGAAAUUUUGAAUUUGAGAUUGCUAAAGGAAGUUCAAACUGUGGAUUCAUUCAAAACGCAUUGAACAGAUAUUUUAAAAUUCUCCAAGAAAACCAGGUUAUUUUAGACAAACAAACCAAACAUCGCGGCAUCUAUAAAUAUAAAAAAUCUUGGGUGCAAGAUGAUGAUUAUCAGGGCUAUAUUGAUUGUUUAACAGUGAAUUUAACUGGAGGAUGUGAUAAUAACUUAUAUCCUGAUAUUGAUAUGGAUGAAAAAUACAAAUUAUGGGUCACACCAGAUAGAACCGAGUUACAAGCAACAUCAAUUUGGGGAAUUUUAAGAGGUCUAGAAACAUUUUCUCAGCUCGUUUAUCUUGGAGAUGAUGGUUUAACGUUGAGAAUAAAUGCAACAGUAAUUAAAGAUUAUCCCCGCUACAAACAUAGAGGAUUGCUCAUCGAUACUUCAAGGCAUUUUAUCCCUAUGGAUAAGAUAUACUUGACUUUGGAUGCUUUGGCUUAUAACAAAAUGAAUGUUCUACACUGGCAUAUUGUUGACGAUCAGAGUUUCCCUUAUUUCAGUGAAAAAUUUCCAGAAUUGAGUGAACAAGGAGCAUACAAUAAAUACACAAAAGUAUAUAUGCCAGAAGAUAUCGAAAAUGUCAUAGAGUAUGCAAGAAUCAGGGGCAUCAGGGUUUUACCGGAAUUUGACACUCCUGGUCAUACCAGCUCCUGGGGACUUUCACACCCAGAAAUCCUAACCCCUUGUGAAGUGUACAAUACUUACGGACCAAUGGAUCCAAGUAAAAAUGCUACCUUUGAGCUUUUGCAGGAAUUUUUUGGUGAAGUUAGGCAGGUUUUCAAAGAUGAUUUUGUUCACUUGGGUGGAGAUGAAGUCGAUUUUAUUUGCUGGCAAGCCGAUAAUAACAUCUCGAACUUCAUGAAAAAACAAAACCUAACUACCUACAAAGAUUUGGAAAGUUUUUACAUUCAAAAGGUAGUUAAUAUGGUGGAAAAUCUUCAAUUUAAAUCUAUAGUUUGGGAAGAAGUUUUUUCCAAUGGAGUUAAAUUGCCCAAUGAGACUUUGGUGCAUGUUUGGAAGGGUGGAUGGACUUCAACCAUGAAAUCUGUAACUGAAGCUGGAAAAUUUGGCCUGCUUUCCGCUUGUUGGUAUUUGGACGAUAUCGGUGCCGAAUGGAACCAAUAUUACAUGUGCGACCCAACAGAUUUUGAUGGCACGCAGGAACAACAAGAACUAGUUUUAGGAGGCGAAGCAUGCAUGUGGGGUGAAAUGGUCAACGAAUACAACAUAAUAUCACGUGUCUGGCCUAGAGCUUCCGCCACAGCUGAAAAACUAUGGUCAGCUAAAGCGGACGGCUACGAUUUGGAUGAGCCCUCAAGAAGAAUCGAGGAGCAUGCUUGUAGAUUGAACAGAAGAGGGAUCGUUGCUCAGCCUCCAAAUGGGCCCGGAUAUUGCGAUUAGAUUAUUUUUACUUUAGUUUCAAAAUAAACAUGAAACGUAAAAUGAA